AUGGACGCGGAAUGUCCAGAGCAGCUCAAAUCUGAAAGGCCCUUUCACAAAUGGAUGCGGACGAUACAUCGUCGAGCACGACAUCGGCCCACACUGUCAGACGAAGGUAUCAGCCCGCUGCAUGAGAAUGGCAUCCACAGCCGCACAUCUCCGUGGAGAAGAACGCAUCAUCGACACUCGUCCUCUGGUUCCUCGUUUGCCUUUGUUGCGGCGGUUCGAAGUGCUAGUGCCAGCCUCGCCAGUGUCAGUGCUGUGGCACGAUCCCGAAGAAACACAGUUCGCUCUCAAGGCUUCUCAACGACGGAGCGUAGCAGCAGAGCUUCUAUUUCGGGUCCUCGUGCUUCGGAAGACAGCUGUUUCUUGGAGAACCGUUCUCUAGCCGAUUUGGCUACCAUCGAAAGAUCGUUGCAACGACGCAAGGUGCUAGAGGAGCUAAUCAGUACAGAAGAAGGGUAUAUCGGGGACGUGCGCUUUCUCAUGAAUGUAUAUGUCACGAUUUUGGCCGCGUUGCCUUCCGUUUGCGUCGGAUUGCGAUCAUCAAUCAACCAGAACUUGACAGAGAUUGUCAAAUUACACGAGGAGCUCCUAGGUGAACUACACCGAGUAGUUCCACACUCGGAGUACACGCAAGCUGACUUGGCACCCUCGUUGUCGACUCUGCCGAAUGCCGACUGUCUUCACACUCACAGGCGAUGGUCUAGUCUCGAUGCCAUACCAGAACAAAACGUGAAAGCGAGGUGGCUUUUGAAAGCCCCGGGCAUGCUAUCGGAUCCUCAAGUCGCUGCCGAGGUCUCCAAAGUCUUUGCAAAGAAGAUCAGUCGGUUCUUCAUGUACGAAGAAUACGGAGCCACAUACGAGAUGAUGAUCAAAGACAUUGCUUCAGCCCAGGAAGCCAUGCCUGAUUGGGAGACUUAUCAAAAAGGACUCGAAGCUCUAGCACUGGCCCUGGGCUCUGCCAAGGGUAGCGAAGAAGGGACAAAGAAGGCCCUCACGAUCAAUGACCUCCUCGUCAAGACAGACGACGGAGUCGACGGGCAGUACUUUAUCUGUCUCCUCUAUCGAGACGUCCUUUGCCUUGCCGCUGCAGGCAAAGUCGACCCGAUAUACACCAUCAUGGCGUGCAUCAACGUAGACGGGAUCAGGAUCGAAGACGUGGACAACGGACGAGUAGGGCUACAAUGCCACACCGCGCCCUUUUCCUGGAAAGUAGUAUUUGAAUGUGACCAUCAACUAUACGAAAUCAUCAUGACAGCCUGCAACCCCAAGGAAGAGACAGAAUGGAAAACACGAUUGGCUCGUCCGAUGAGCGAAGGCCAAGAGGGAAAGCCGCUGGAUAUGUUCAGUACGCUUCAUAUGGAUAUGAAGAGUCUGGGGACUGUGUUUGGAAAGCAAGGUGCGCAAUUUUGUAUCCAGGCAUGUCACCUCCAUCAUCUGACUCAGACUAAAGGCACGCUCGCGCGGCGGAUCUCCAUUCAACGGGCUACUACUGUUGGAGGCGCCAAAUCUCCUCUGUGCCAAGUCAUCUUGAAGAAUACCAACGGAUUGCGGGACAAUGGCGGUAAUGCGUCUACGGUUUCGACCAUCAAGCGUUCUCAGUCACUGCUGACGACCACAACCCGGAUCCCGGUGCUUGCACCGCCAAGGGGUGAGAGAGCCCGGCUUGAAGCGCUCCUCUCCGACGUGUGGACGAGAGAAAUCCUCCCGUUUCCUGGAAUGUCGAUGAGAUCUCGAAGCGAAAAUCUGGUCCGAAGCUCGGCAUCUACGGUUAUGAGGAAACUCAGUGUGGCCAGCUUUGCU